UUGAGUAUACAUUACACUGUAUAUAUGUGUGUAUCUGCGUGUGUAUAUAUGUGUAUAUAUAUAUAUAUAUAUAUAUAUAUAUACCCUAACCUCCUUCUGCCCCUGCGUUGCUGCGUUGCUGCGUUGCUGCGUUGCUGCGUUGCCGGGGGUUUCCAGGGAGUACCUGGCCAUCUUUAAGAAGACCGUGGCCAUGCACGAGGUGUUCCUGUGUCGCGUGGCGGCUCAUCCUGUUCUCAGGAAAGAUCUCAACUUCCACGUCUUCCUGGAGUACAACCAGGACCUGAGUGUGCGGGGGAAGAACAAGAAGGAGAAGCUGGAGGAUUUCUUUAAGAACGUGGUGAAGUCGGCCGACGGCGUCCUGGUGGCCGGAGUCAAGGUGGACGUGGACGACUUCUUCGAGCACGAGAAGACUUUUCUGUUAGAAUAUCACAACAGAGUUAAAGACGCUUCGGCCAAAUCGGACAGAAUGAUCCGCUCGCACAAGAACGCAGCAGACGACAUCAACAGGAUUGCCUCGUCUCUCUACACGUUAGGAACGCAAGACGCCACCGACCUCUGCAAAUUCUUCCUCAAGGUGUCGGAGCUGUUUGAGAAAACCAGGAAAAUUGAAGCUCGAGUUGCAGCAGAUGAAGAUCUGAAGCUGGCGGACCUGCUAAAGUAUUACCUGAGGGAGUCCCAGGCUGCUAAGGUCAGACCCCCACCCUGAAGGUCAG